CAAGAUUACACUCUCAUAGUGGAAGCUUGGGAUAAGGACAACGACACACACAGCAGUGGUGAUGAGCUGCUGAUUGAGCGAAGCAUCUACAAAGGGAAGAUUAACCCUGGUGAGGAGAAGCAGACAGUGGAAUACAGAAGUCACAUAGCCACUAUUAAAUACACUAUCCGUCUGCGCUGCGAUGAACACUACUAUGGCAUCAGAUGCAACAUCGUGUGUCGCCCCCGCAACGACUAUUUUGGACAUUAUGUGUGCGACCAGUUUGGGAAGAGACAUUGCAUGGAGGGCUGGAAGGGAGAAGACUGCAAAACAGCCAUCUGCAAGCAGGGAUGUAGCCCCACACAUGGGACCUGCGACGUCCCAGGGACAUGCAAGUGUAGCUAUGGGUGGGAAGGCCUGCUGUGUGACGAGUGCCAGCGAUACCCUGGAUGUGUUCAUGGUACCUGUACUGAGCCCUGGCAGUGUACCUGUGAGAAGAACUGGGGUGGGCUGCUCUGUAAUAAAGAUCUGAACUACUGUGGGACCAAUCAGCCCUGUAAGAAUGGAGGAACCUGUAUGAACACAGAGCCAGAUGAAUACAACUGUGCCUGUCCUGACGGCUACUCUGGGAAAAACUGUGAGAUCGCGGAGCACGCUUGCCAUUCCAACCCCUGUGCCAAUGGAGGGACUUGUCAUGAAGUCCUUUCAGGGUUUGAGUGUCACUGUCCUGCUGGCUGGUCUGGACCAACCUGUGCUGAAGACAUAGAUGAAUGUGCCUCCUCCCCCUGUGCUCAUGGAGGGACCUGCAUCGACAUGGAGAACAGCUUUGAAUGCUUCUGCCCUUCACAGUGGACAGGGAAGACCUGCCAGAUUGAUGUUAAUGAGUGUGCGGGGAAGCCUUGCCUCAAUGCUUACUCUUGCAAAAAUAUGAUUGGUGGAUAUCACUGUGCCUGCUUUCGUGGAUGGGUGGGCCACAACUGUCACAUCAAUAUGAACACCUGCCAUGGACAGUGUCAGAAUGGAGGUACUUGCAAGAACACGGCGAGAGGCUACCAGUGUGUUUGCCAGCCAGGGUUUGUGGGUCGACAAUGCGAGGUCCAGAGGAACCAUUGUUCCAGCAAUCCAUGCAGAAAUGGUGGCCGCUGCCACGCCCUGUCGGAUGGUUUUGUGUGUGACUGCCCACAAGGCUUCACUGGGUCAACCUGUAAGGUGCAAAAUGAUCCUUGUAAUCCAAACCCUUGCCAAAACAAGGCCCAAUGCCAUGGCCUAACAGGUGACUUUUACUGCAGCUGCCCUGAUGAUUAUGAGGGCAAAACUUGUUCUGAGCUCAAGGACCACUGCAAGACCAACCGGUGUGAAGUGAUUGAUAGCUGCACUGUUGCCGUUGCAACCAAUGACACUCAACAGCAAGUCUGGCAUAUUUCGUCAAAUGUGUGUGGACCACACGGUCGCUGCAUUAGCCUUCCUGCCGGGAACUUCAGCUGCUCCUGCGAUCUGGGAUUCAGUGGCACCUACUGCCACGAGAACAUCAAUGACUGUGCAUCGUACCCAUGUAAAAAUGGAGGCACGUGCAUUGAUAGGAUCAACUCCUUUGAGUGUGUCUGUCCAGGCGGCUGGGAGGGCGACCUGUGUGAUGUUGAUGUGAAUGAGUGCAGUGGCAACCCCUGUCAAAAUGGAGGCCAGUGUGAGGAUAUAUUUAAUGAUUUCUACUGCAAAUGUGUAGACAACUGGAAAGGAAAAAACUGUCACUUACGUGAGAGCCAGUGUGAUUCCAAUACUUGCAGGAAUGGAGGAACUUGUUACGACCAUGGAGACUCGUUCCAGUGCAGCUGCCCAUCAGGGUGGGUAGGAAACACCUGCAACACAGCUAAGAACAGCACUUGUGAUUUGGAUCCAUGUGGGAACGGAGGAACAUGCGUCAUAGGAGAGCCUUUCACCUGCAUCUGCAAGGAUGGCUGGGAGGGGCCCACUUGUGCAAAAAACAUCGAUGACUGCAAUCCAAACCCUUGCUACAAUGGUGGCGUCUGUGUUGACGGUGUGAACUGGUUCCGCUGCGAGUGUGCGCCAGGAUUUGCCGGACCAGAUUGCCGCAUCAAUAUAAAUGAGUGUCAGUCGUCUCCCUGUGCUGAAGGUUCUACAUGCAUAGACGAAAUCAACGCCUUCCGUUGUGUCUGUCCUCCUGGACAAGCAGGACCUCAGUGCCAGCAAGUCAUCGGACUUGGAAAGUCAUGUCGUCACGCCGGCCUGCAGUAUCCUCAUGGCAGCCGCUGGGAGGAGGAGUGUAACACCUGCCAGUGUGUCAACGGCGACGUUCACUGUUCUAAGGUGAGGUGUGGUCGUCGCCCAUGCAUCCUCCCGAAAGCUCUUUCGUCUUCAGACACCAGCCACUCCUGCCCUGGAGGCCUCGAGUGUGUUGAGCAUCCAUUCCUCACAUGCCUCUCUCCACCAUGUCAUCAGUGGGGUGUGUGCUCAACUCCAGACCCCCCAACCCCAGUGCAUACCCAGUGUGAGCCCCAUAGCGGCUACCUGGACAACAGUUGUGCUUACAUCACUCUCAUCUUUAACAAGGACAAAGUGCCACAG